UUUGUGUUAAUUGAGUCAGCCGAUUUACACCAUGGUUGUGGAAGUGCCGAAAAUUCAAUUAGGAAAUGGACAGACGAUGCCGAUUGUCGGACUUGGCACUUACGCGCGUAAAGCAGAGCCAGGCCAGUACCGGCUAGCAGUGGAGUGGGCUAUCGAGGCAGGGUACCGACACAUCGACACGGCCUCCAGCUACCACAACGAGGAGGAGGUUGGGCAGGGAAUAGCGAAUGCCAUCAGCAAGGGACUGGUUACUCGGCAAGACCUGUUUGUUACUACCAAGUUGUGGAAUGACUGCCAUGCCGAGGCUGAUGUUAUCCCGGCACUGGAGAAGUCCUUAGCAAAGCUGAAACUGGACUAUGUGGACCUAUAUCUUGUGCAUUGGCCUGUCUCUGUUAAUGCUUCUGGAGAAGACAUGGGCAUCGACUACCUGGAAACCUGGCGCGGGAUGGAAGAAGCCGCGCGUCGGGGGUUAGCGCGCGGCAUCGGCGUGUCUAACUUCAACGCCGACCAGCUGCAGCGACUGAUACGGGUUGCGCAGACCAAGCCGCUGGUUAACCAGAUUGAGGUAAACCCGACGCUGACUAAUCACGAGCUGGUCAACUUCUGCAAAGCCAACGGCGUAGUCCCAGUUGCGUACACCGCGCUGGGACUGCUGUCGGAGGCUCGGCCAGAGUUUGCGGACAAGGGUGUCAUAAAGACGGAUGCGGCGCUUGGACGGGUCGCCGAGCAACAUGGGAAGACCAGGGCGCAGGUCGUGCUUAGGUAUCUGAUCCAACGCAGCAUCCCGGUGAUCCCGAAAUCUUUCACGCAGUCUCGCCUAGCCGAAAACCUGGACAUCUUCGACUUUGAGUUGAGCCCCGCCGACAUGGAUGUGGUCGACUCUUACAAUAUCAACCACCGAUGCGUGCCUGCCACGGGAUUCGCUAAGCUCAAGAAUUACCCUUUCUAAUUUAUAGUAACUACAGUUCAAAUCUACUAUAGUUU